AUGAUCACCGGCUGCGAACAACCGGAUCUCAUCUCUAAGUCUAUUUCUAUAUCUAUUUCUAUAUCUAAUUCUUUCUUGUUCCAAUCGUUGUUCAUUUUCCUCUUCAUCUUCAUUUUCUCUUCUAAUUCUCUUUCUAAUCAUAUCUUGUUCCAAUCGUUGUUCAGUUUCUUUUUCAUCUUCAUUUUCUCUUCUAAUUCUCUGUCUAAUCAUUUGUUGUUCCAAUCGUUGUUCAGUUUCUUCUUCAUCUUCAUUUUCUCUUCUGAUUUUCUGCCUAAUCGUCUGUUGUUCUAAACGUUCCAUUCUUCGUUGUUGUGAUUCAUUUUCACGAUUCUUUCUUUUGCGUUCUCUAUCUUUAUCAAGUCUUUGAUUUCUUCUUUCCAGAUUUUCUCUUUGCAUAUCAUCAAAAUUAUUUUGAGCAUUGUUUUG